CGUCAUUGUGCAGCUGCACAAACAAAGAUGCAAGGGCGCAGAAAGACAGCGCACUCCGAGGAGAGAACGCCUAUUUGCAGUGCACAAGUACGACUCCCCCUCUCUCUCACUGUGUGUCCCAGCAGAAUCCAUCUGAUCCUUUGAGAUGCAGACAGAAUCACUUGUGCUGAAAGCCUGAAACAGUGUGCGACAGGUGAGAGGGAGUUUGAUCAUAGCAUAGCUGCGAAGGCAAGAGCAAGCUGCUGCAAGCCUGCGACCACUGUUCUAUUGGUGCACUGUUGUUGCAACUAGAGAUCGACAUGCCAGUGAGUUAAUCCAGGCUUCUUGGUUCGUGGCUCGUGUUUCUUGGCUGCUCUGCGCUGCUGCGGCGGCUGUUCUUGUGCUGCUUUCUACGAUUGGCAUGCGAAUAUUUUGAAGUGGAGUGAGUGAGCUGGUUGUGGUUGUGCGGGCAUGGAGCAGGCGCCGCAGAACGAUGAGGACGGGUUCCUGGGCUGCGGCGUGAUGGAGGAAGCCGCCAUCGGCGACCUGGAUCUCAUGGAGGAUUUCCUGAUGGCGGCCCCGGGAUUCGAUUUCUCGGAGUUCUUGAAUCCCGGCGCCGGCGCAUCCCCGGGGACGUGCGGCCCCCUCUCGCCGCUGUUUGACAUCAGCAGCACGAUGACCACAGCGACUCCCCCGGCGCCGGCUGGUGAGGACGACAGGGACGAGCCGGAGAGGGUCAACCGGGUGGAGGCGAGCCCGCCGCGCCGCGCCUGCCUCUUCCAGCCGAGGCAGGAGGUGGAGGGCACGGUGAAGGAGCGGCUGUGGCGCGCGCUGGAGCGCAUCGCGUCGCUGUGGCAGCCGCAGCCCGGGGAAUUGCUGGCGCAGGUCUGGGUCCCGACAGUGAUCGGCGACCGGCAGGUGCUGACAACGUGCGGGCAGCCGUUCUGGCUAGACCGCCGGAACCAGCGCCUCUCGAGCUACCGGACAGUGUCGAUGAAGUACCAGUUCUCCGCCGACGAGAGCGCACGCGCCGAGCUGGGGCUGCCCGGCCGCGUCUUCGUCGGCCGCGUCCCCGAGUGGACGCCCGACGUCCGCUACUUCUCUACCGAGGAGUACCCACGCGUCCGCCAUGCACAGUACUUCGACAUCCGCGGCAGCUUCGCGCUCCCUGUCUUCGAGCCCCGGACCCGGGCCUGCCUCGGCGUCGUCGAGCUCGUCAUGACCACGCAGAAGAUCAACUACAAUGCCGAGAUCGAGAACAUCUGCAAUGCUCUCAAGGAGGUUGAUCUUAUAAGCUCUGAUGUUUCAAUCAAUCCCCGUGCAAAGGUGGUUGAUACUUCUUACAGAGCAAUUGUACCAGAGAUAGUCGAUGUUCUCAGAACUGUUUGUGAGACACACGAGUUGCCAUUGGCCCAGACAUGGAUACCGUGCAUCUGCCAGGCAAAGAGGGGAAUCCGCCACUCUGAUGAAAAAUUCAAGAACUGUGUGUCCACUAUGGAUGAGGCGUGUUACGUCCGUGACCCAAUCGUAAGGGGCUUUCACCAAGCUUGCUCCGAGCAUCAUCUUUUCAGAGGUGAGGGUGUCGUUGGCAGGGCAUUUGGGACGAACGAGCCAUGUUUCUCCCCGGACAUUACUGCCUACAGCAAGGUCCAAUACCCUCUCUCACAUCAUGCAACAGUUUUCAGAUUGAGGGCUGCGGUGGCCAUCCGACUGGGAAGUGUUAGGACUGGAAGCCUUGACUUUGUCUUGGAAUUCUUUCUGCCGUUGGACUGUGUAGAGAAAGAAGAGCAAAGGGCCAUGGUUAAUUCUUUGUCCAUGACAAUACAGAAGACCUGCUAUACAUUACGAGUUGUCAGUUUGAUAGAACUGGUGCAUGAAGGAUCAUUUGAAACAAGCGCACUAACCCCACCAGAAUUUUAUGCCGAGUCUAUGCCUGAAAACUUGGAUGAGCAUUGCAGCGGCAUUGAUGUUCCUGCAAGAUCGACAUUGCUGGAAGCUUCUGAGGAGGCGUCCUCAUGGAUAGCAAGCCUUGUGGAUGCUCAAAAUAAGGGAGUGAAAGAAAUGGAUGGUGACCUGCCAUUUGGAUUCAGCAAGCAAGAGGAUGAAGGGUUUAGUGUUACAGCUGGCUGGCAUACUUCACCAAUAAUAGGGCCUGAAGGUAGCAUCUUUUCAGGGUUUAAGUUGCAUGAAGAAUAUGAGGUCAAGGAGGCAACUUGUUCCGGUGGUCCAAGCUUUUCGAACUUGGAGAAAGCAGUAGAGAAGCGACACACUAAGAUGGAGAAAACUGUUAGCCUGGAAGAGCUUCGGAAGCAUUUUGCUGGUAGCCUGAAAGAAGCUGCAAAGAAUUUAGGAGUGUGCCCUACUACACUGAAGAGAAUAUGCAGGCAGCAUGGAAUUAAUCGUUGGCCAUCACGGAAGAUCAAGAAAGUUGGCCACUCCCUGAAGAAAUUGCAAAUGGUCAUUGAUUCGGUACAUGGUUCUGAAGGAACAGUUCAGUUCAGUUCGCUCUAUGAAAACUUUACCAAUACCACAUGGUCAGAAAGAGAGUUACAAGGGGAUCUCACUUAUCCAUUAUCUGAGCAAAAAGCUCACUUGGAACCUUUGGUUCAUGAUCAGCAGUGCAAGGGCAGAUUCAUUUCACAUACUUCUGGCUCUAAUUCCCUCUCCCCCUCUUGCAGUCAAAGCUCAAAUUCCAGCCAUGGUUGUUCCAGUGGUUCAAAACCGCAACAACAUGGCAGUGCUCCUCAGCUUGCAGUUAAGGAAGAAAAUGUCAUGGAGGAGAAUCAGAGUUCCACACUACUGAAAGCUGGGAGCCAUGCAGAACUGCAGAUGUUUACUGAAGAAAGACCUGUCACCCUAUCUAGGUCUCAGAGUCAAAUGCUUUUAAGUGAACAAAAACCAAUGGAAAACAUGUCAGGCAUGCAAAAGAAUAAGCCUGAUUCUCUCAAAAUAAAAGCCAUGUAUGGUGAAGAAAGAUGCAUAUUCCGACUUCAGCCUAGUUGGGGAUUUGAAAAGCUAAAAGAAGAAAUUGUAAAGCGGUUCAGCAUUGCUCAGGAGACCUAUGUGGACCUCAAGUACUUGGAUGAUGAAUCUGAGUGGAUUCUUUUAACAUGUGAUGCGGACCUGCUGGAGUGUAUUGAUGUGUACAAGUCAUCAAGUGCUCAAACAGUAAGAAUCUUGGUAAAUCCUAAUGUUCAGCCGGCGCUUGGUCCUUCCUUUGGUCAAACUAGUUUGUCCAGACAAUGUUCUUCCAGGAUGCAGAACAAGCAUGCCAUCUCUCUUCUUGAAAUUUAAGGGCCACUACUACAGCCCCUGCCUUAAAGAAGGCAUUUUUUCACUGCUCUACAAAUUUCGCAAUUGGCUGGGGUCAAACUUGGGAUCUCUCAGGUGGCUCAGCUCUAAGCCCCCCUCCCCUAACCAGCCGGGAACUGCAACUCUAUCCCUCUCUUCUUGAAGUAAAGAGUUUGUUGACAUUGCUCCCAGUAUUAAGUCAUGGUGAUAUGCACAGGCAGCAUCUGUAAAUACCUUCACCUGUGUUAUCAUCCAAUGAUUAGAUGCCCAGCGAACUUAGAACUCGAUGUUCCUUGUCAGCACUGGGGAUUAGUUUGUUCUUGUCCGUCGUAAUAGAAGAUAGAAAUUUGUACUUCUAGUUCAGUUUUAUAACCAUAGAAGUAGUUUAUUCCACUUACCAAACUAGUGUACAGCGAUUUAGGUCAAAGCGUGGAGCCAGUUGGAAUUUGUCGAAAUGAAGCUUUGGAUUAGGUUUAGCAGUCAUGACCAAGUUACAGCACAAAUGUAAGUCCUUUUGGGGUUUGAUCUGUUGCACAAUUCUGAAGUAUUUCUUCGAAGUUCAACUUUAAACGAUUGCCAAAAGUUGCAAGCUGUGGAAUCAACAGAAGUGUGCCCAUGCUUUCAGGUGUCAGUAUAGCGGCCAUGAUGAAAUGUCUUCUCACCAGUAGCAAAAGUUAUUUGAGCAGAGGACCUGGAGAGAUGACUACGCAACAAUACAUGCAUCAAUCUCAUCUCCAGUCAAAAUGCAAUUUUGUUGGUCCAAGGUCAAUGUUAGCAUCAAAUGUUGUAUGCACGUUGCACAUUUCGCAGUUUUUCAUGUUUGUGCUUCACCCUUUCAGAAGGGAGGGUGGUUUUGGACAUCCUUAAUAAUUUGACAGUAGGAAGGCAGGAGAUGUCCUAGUCUCCUAGACGACAUUGGUGCAUAGAGAUUGUUCUUCUCUCAUCUUGGUUAUGUACUGGAAUGCUAGAAUGUUUUGAGGUAGUCUGUUUUGUAUUUAUCCUUAAGUUUGCAACAUAUACAUUUAUUUCAGAAGUCAUAAUCUUUUUUUAAUACAAUAUGUAUUUCUCC